GUUCUACCGUCAGGUGGCGGUAGCCUCAAAACAGUGGGACAUCGUACAGACACCCUGCAACGGGACUGUGUUUUUCACAGAAUUGUUUUCCGCGUUUUCCCGCAAAAAUUACGUUCUCUGGCGGUGAUUUUUUGUCUCAGAGGGCCGCAUCUAUCAACCCCACUAUCCGGCCGGCCGCUCACCUACUCACACCUAAGACGAAUUAUGUAGUUUUUCCAUUUGGUAUACAGUCAAUUUGUUCCUGUCUCGUUUAAAAGAGGAAAGAAAAUAAUACGUGAUGAAUAAAUUUAAUUUGUUUCACUUUUUAAAAGUACAUUAUUUUAUUAAUAUAUUUCAAAAUUGGCAAAUUAAUUUGAAUACAUAAUAAUGGUAAUAAUAAUAAUUACCAUUUAAUCGAUAAGCAGCUUGCAAUUUCACAUUAUAAAUGAAAUUGCAGGAGCCCAAUGUGGGUGGAAGUGAGAUGGCAUCCAGGGAAAAGAAACCCUUAGUGCCUUCAAAAGCAAAACAAAAGGCGAAUAAUGAUUGUAGCUUGCCAUCAAACGAAAUUAAAAGUAGAAAAGGCAAGUCCUUGUCAAAUCUAAAACAACAGCAACUUGCACGAGAUAUAUUGGAGGCUGUAGCAACUGGUAGUCAACUUCCUCCAAAAUUAGAGGCAAGUCUACCACGUAAAAAGGUUCUUAGGAAUCUGAAACAUAAGCAAAAGUUGAAAGUAGCAAAAGCAAAUCUGAUUAAAUCAAAGGUUACAAGGAAAGUAGCCAAUAGAAAUUUGUGUAGAAUACCUUCUGACAUCAAAAAAAGUGUAAGGACUAAAAGAAUCAAAUUAUCUGAAGAAAAUAGUACUAAGACGUCAUCUAAUAAAAGCUUAGAGCAUCAAAUAAACGAAACAGAAGGUGAAAAUAUAGGAGCAGAAGGUAAUAGAAGUGCCAAGAACAAUCUCAGGACUAAAAAGACCAAGUUUAUAUUAAAAAAUAUCGGAGAGGUGGAAAGUGAGGACAUUUUAGAUAGAGAUUCAGAUUCAGUUGCAGGUUGCAGUACUAAAAGUAGUCCAAAACUUAAUAGGAAGGGUAGAAGCUUGGAAAGUUUAGAUUCUUUGCCUAGAGGUGUUAAAUCAAAAUUUUCAGGAUUUAAAAGAAAUAGUAUCAAAGAAAAAGAUACUUUGAUAAAAACAGAAGAUAUUAAAUAUUCAAAAGGAAGGAAGGCUACUAGAGACAUAGAUUAUAGUAAUACAAGAGUUUCAAAGUCUCUUUUGGAUAGUAAAAGUUCUAUAGAUCUUACCAUUGACGAAGUGAUAGCUUCAAUGUUGAGCGAUACAGAAAUAGAUAAUCAACAGGGAAUAACAGAAAAGAUAGAAGGAAAAUUAACAAGAAGUAAAAAGAUGUUGGUAGAGGAGAAUAUAGUUUCAGAUAUUGAGAUAAAAAAGGAACCAGAUAGCGAAGACAUUAAAAUUACUUCUGAUGGGGAGAAUUUUGAAACAGAAUCCAUUCAAAAUGCAAUUCAUUUGAGAAAAAGGUCGAAUGCGAACACCAUUAAUCAAAGAAGUUUAAGAAAUGGUAAGCUAAGGCAAUCAGAUUCUGUAAUUUCCGAUUUAGAACUUAAAAAGCGUCGACGAUUAAAUUCGGAUGAUCCAAUCAAUUCAGAAGUUUCCGCGGACAAUAUUGCGGAUAAUAAUAUCGAUUCUGAAUCUAGUUUUUCUGAAUCUAGCGGUAAUGAUUCUCAACCAAUUAUAAUACCAAUUAAAGACGAGAUGUGCACGAAACAAGAAACGUUGAAAAAUUUCGAGGACGGUUCCCAAAUCGGAUCAGAAGUAGAAAAUAAUAACAACAGCGACAGAGCGGAGAAGACUAGUGAGAUUGGACCCACGCUUCGCUCAAAGACCAAGGCGAAAAGUACCGAAGUUGAGAUAAAAAAUGACAAUAUAAAGAUUGAAUAUUCGAGAAUAAUACCUAAAAAUAUGGAGGUACAAGAAGAAUUGAAAAAGAUGGGCAAUUUAGACCAAAUUAGAAAAGAUAAUAUUUUGGCAAAACUGUCCGACAAGUCUAAGGGUCGAAGAAGUAGUUUAAAUAUAGAUAUGAAGAAGACGGUUAAUUCGUUUUAUAACACGGAUAAGUCGGACGGUAAUCCCAAGUCUCAGAUAGAUCAAAUGAUAGAAAAUAUCAAACUUACCAUCGCCAAAUCUAUCGAGAGUAAAAUCUUUGGCCCGGAGAAGGGCCUUGGAUUGAGCAAAAACUUCGAGAUACCAAAAAUUGAAGAGAUAAUUGCACCGUUGAGCGCGGAGUCUCAGAAAUUAGGUCUAGAGGAAAAUACGGACGAGGAUAAAUCCGCCGCGACAAAGAAUGAGAUGAAAUCGGAUAAUUCGGAUAAUUCAAUACCAAAAGUGGCUGAUACUGCCAAAGAAAUUGAGAAACUAGUCAUGGGUGAUAUUGAAUUAGCUGAAACUCAUUCUCAAAACGUACAAGAAAACGAAUCUUCCGAUACUGAUUCGAAUAGCAACACUCAUAAUGUUUCUGAAGUAAAUAUUAUAGAAAACGAAGAUGGUAGUUGCAAAAUUGUAAUACAAGAGGGAGAAUCGAACGAAACCUCCAAUUUAAUGGAGGGGACUGAGAAAAACAUUGAGAUGGACGACCAGAUAAAGAUUUUAGACGAUGGGAAGAAAGUUACGUCUAUUAGAAAAUCUUCAAGGAUAAUAGACAAAGCUUCUCCCGAGAACAAUGAUACCGUUAAAAAAUUAGGGAAAGUGAUAAACAAAGUAGCUCACAAGUCUGAGAAUUGUGAAGAAUCUUCACAAGAAUGUGAUAAAUCUAUUUCUAAGGAAACUAUUUCGAACAAAGAGUCGUUUAAGAACGAAUCGACGGAGAAUAAAACAACUGUCUCUGAAUUUCCAGUUGAUGGUACGAUAACCGAGUCGAAGCAAGAGGAAAUUAAAACGGAAGAUACAAAGAUGGACGCGACGAUCGAAGAUGGGGCCAAGACUUGCACGAAUAUGGGAUCUGAUGACGUGGAAACUUUAGAGAGAAUUUCGAAAGAAGUGGAAAGAAUGGUAGCAGAGGAUGAGUCUGCGCAUCAGUUGCAGACCAGCGCGGGUGAGCCGCAAAAUGAUCAAGAAUCUGGAAUGAUCAAAACUGCAACAGAAUCUUCUUCUUCAUUGCCCGACGAGUUAAACGUAACAGUGGAUACUGAGAAUCAAGAAACAAAUGCUGCCAAUGAAUUGGAAAAUAAAGAUGAGCGGGACAAAUGUGAGAAGGUAGUGGAAAAUGCCAAAGAAGUUGAAAAAAGAGAAGAAAAUGUGCCAGAAAUCAUUAAAACAGAUGAUUGCGAACUGUUGCCUAAUUUCGAUUCCACACCGAAUCCUAAAUGCAAUCCCGUUUCUAACAGUAAUCUUCUUCAAGAAGAUUUGAAAAAAGACUCGAACGAGAAUGAAAAAGAAGACAAACAAGGGAAUGAUAUCAAUAACGACUCGAUACAAUUAUAUGAUAACGACAUUUGUAACAAUUUAGAAAGUGAUGCAACGAAGGAGGAUAAAAGAGCAUCAGAUAACACCGUGGAAGAACAAAAAUCUAUUAAAGAUGAUACUAAGAAACGAGUGUUACGGGCGCGUGACAAAACGAAAGGAAAGUUUGAAAAGGGAUCAUGCAAGGAAAAAGAAGCCGUUUCGAAAGUAAAGAUGGAAGAAGAAGAAAAACCGCAAAACUCUAACAAGGAUAAAGAGGAAGAGGAUUCGAAGGAUUUGGAGGAAAAAGUUCAAGAAUCGAUGACGGAGGACACUGACGAUACUCAAAACAGCGGUGAAACAGACACAAAUGAUGUGGAGCCUCAGGCUCGCACCAAACGUAGCAGAGAAGCGAAGAAACGCAAAGAAGAUCAGUUAAACAUGUUGAAGAAUAAACGAGCAAAACGUGAGAUUCGGAGAUGCGAUCAGCAAAAUAAGGAGGAGACUCUUUUGGACAACGAAGUAGCGAAAAUUAACGAGAACAAUCGAUCGUUUUUGAACAAAUAUGAAAAUGGAGUAGAAUGCGCGACAAAUUUCAGAGGUUUCUCUGAAGGUGGAAGAGAUAGCUUGGAGAAACACGAGAAAACCGCGGAUAACGUGAGAAGUAAAUCGGAGAAUGAUUUGAUUAUAGCAAAAGAAAACGGUAGGAAAACGUGCGAGAACAGAUUGUCGAGAAAUUUGUCUGAGAACCACGUGACUAAAGAGGUGGAAAAUAUAGACAUACUGGAUGUCGAUUGCAAACCUAUAAAAACGCCAGAAACGUCGCAGAAAGACUCCGACGAGACGUCCACUUCUGGCGAAUCUUCGAGCAGCGUCAAUAUUACUCCAAAGAUUUUGGAGACGCCUGAGGAUAAGGCGAAGAAAGAGUCAAUUUUGAGACUACUUGGUUUGGAAUCCCUGGAAAAGGCUGCUGAGAGAUUGAAUCAUCAAAAAGCGAAGAAAGGGCAAUCCACAGGAACCUUAAAAACCGUGAUUCGUGUCCAGAAAGAGAGGGAGAAGGACAAAAGACGAUCGAGAUCACCACUAAAAAUGGUACUGAAACAAGGUCGCGGAGAUGGCGAAGGAGACUCGCCAGAAAAUUUCUACACUAUUCAGAAGGAGUUAGGAACCAGUGGUUGGGGAGAUAGCAGCUCUGGUGCGAACCGAAAGUUCUCUACUAACCACAGACACUCUUGCGACGAAGAUAAUGAAGAUGCAGCACCAAAGGAUCGUCAGUCUCUUGUUAUUCCAGAAAAAUCCUCUUCUUUUUCCAUUCAUCCAGGACGCUUGUGUGCAGACGUAUGUUGUUAUUGUUUUGGAAAAUUCGGUUCUUUAGAUACACCGAUGCAUCUUGCUCAAAUGAAAUCUGAUGAAAGGCGCAAAAAGAUUUUAAACAUAGAAAGACAUUUAACUAAGGAUUCUUGUUUAUGCGAUGCUUGUUACCGCCAUGUGGAUAGAAAGGCGAACACAAGUCCAACAAAUAUGCAAACGAAGCCGCAAAAACAACACCGACAACUCAUGGUGUCCAAGUGUUCGGCCCGUGAUUGUAGAGAUGCUGCACGACAUCAUGUGAAACGUCGAUGGUUGCUCAAGAUAAAAGCUGGCCUGCAAAAACAGGUGGACAUUGAUUGGGAAUCGAGUCAACAUACAUCCAUGUCGUUCUGCGUCAGUCAUUAUUCGAAAAUCGAAAGAUUCUUGACUUGUGCAUUGUGUAAACGCCGAUUAGCGAGAAAUCACACUCAUCAAUUGGCAAAUGCGGAAACUGACGAAUUGAAUCAGUUGCUUGGACAACAGGGGAUCCCUGUUUUAUUGUCGGCCGGUACUUUUGUUUGUAAAUUAUGCCGUUACUUUACACAACUGCAAUUGAAGUACAAGGAUGUGGAAAAUAUGAAUACGAAUCAUAAAUCAUUCUUCAAGAAUUAUCGAAAAAGAAUUCUACAUUAUCACGAUAUUGAAGUUCUGGAAAAUGAAGACGAAGAUUCGUCUCAGAAUCAGUCGAAAGACAAAGAUAAAGAUAAAAGGAAGAAAGCUAAGUGCAGUACUCAAACUAAGACCACAACAUUUAAAUCUCCAGAUGGUACGAUAAAUUCCACUUUCGAAAAGUCUAUCCCAGAAUCGAAUAAAAACGAGGGAAUUAAUUCUGAGAUUGACAACGAAAAUCGUACCGUGAAAGGGAACUUGAACGAUGAAAAUGUCGUGACAGAUGUGCAGUUCCUCGGUAUCGAGAACACCGUAGAGAAAUUGAAAAAGCGUAAGCUACUCGACACGAAUCCGUAUACAACGUCAGAUACAACGAUAUCUUGUGAUAAUCCAAACGAAGUUGUUGAAAUUCUCGCGAUGGACAAGGAAGUGACGUUAACCAGAUUGCCAAAGAGACCAAGGACGAAUAAUGAUAUCACUCCGGUUGUACAGAGACUCGGUGCUAACCCCUCCAUUAGUGUGCGCACCCUUUUCCCUGGCGAAGAAGAAAUGAAUCUUCAUGCCAAUAUAGAGUUCACAAAUGUACGAGAAAUAACGCCCCAGGGUUGGGAGAAAUGUGCUACUAUGAUACAAUAUGAUAGAGAUACGAAACUCCUUUGGCAAGAAUUGCAAAGACCGUAUGGAAAUCAAAGCUCAUUUCUCAGGCAUUUGAUACUUUUAGAAAAAUAUUAUAGAUCCGGUGAUUUAAUUUUAGCUCCAAAUGCAUCACGGAAUGCGAUUAAUUACUCGACUUCCGUACAGAAUCGAUUGAUAUCGUACGAAGGUCCAGAAAAGAUGGAUGAACCAAUAAUGGAGCCAAUCGCCUCAGAGUAUCACAAUUCUCGUCGAUUGAGUGGUGGUUACGUACUCGAAAGAGAUAAGCCUUCUUUACCAACCAUAAGUACUCCCAAACAAUUAUCGUCCAGCAAUACUGCACAAUCGAUAAAGAGUAGUCCUCCACGGAUCCUGAAAUUAAAUCCUGGAGUGUCUAUAAUUAAAAAACCACCGCCUAACCUCCAACGGUUAAAUCUUCCCUCUACUAGCACCACCGCUAAUGGUAAUAUGAAACGAAAGGACAGUCAAAAAUUACCAACUCCUGUCGGUGGUAAAGUAUUCCAAUUAAGCGAACCUGAUUUUAAACGAUUGCAAAAUCUGAAAAAACAAAAGCAGCAAAUGAUUACGGAAAAACAAUUAACUAACUCAAAUGGCGGCGUGAAUAACUCGAAUUCCUCGCAAAAUUUAAAAUCAGUCACGCAGUACCAAAAAGCGCAGAUUGCUGCGCAAACGCAAUUUCAAAAGCAUCUAAGAAUGCAACAGGAGAUGCUAAAUAGACAAAGCAGGAGCGACUUCGAGCCGUUGAUUUGCGACGUGCGUGCAUUGGCAAAUGAGAAUAGUCCGACGCAAAAUCUGUUACAUAACCUAAAUCUGCCGAAAUCAAUACAGGUGACAACUAAAACGUCCAAUCAGAUUCCGAUAUUGCCAAAAAUUCCGAAGUCAUUGACAGUGAUACCGCAAACGGUCACCAGACCAGCCGAGAAAUGAAACGACAAGAACGACAAAUGAGAGGAUGAACAGUAAGUAAACAAUAUAUAGAUUAAUUCUUUCUUACGAAAGUGUAUAAAAGGGUGAAAUUCAUUAUCCAAUCCUGGAUAAAAGGAAAAGGUGUUUUGUGAAAGAAAAAGAAUUAUCAAUAAGGUUAUUUCGUAACGAAUAACCGAAGAGAAUUAUUGAUCGAACUUAUAUUUUAAUACCAAUCAUGGUGGAUGAAGAAACAUAUCGAAAAUGUUUCGUGCAGAUUAACUAACGCUCAUUUUGAGUAGCGACAAUAUCUGCCUUAUAUAAAGAAACAAGUGCAAACGGAAUGUUUUUGCACUGCUCAAAAAAAAAUGGUUUUACGAUGGUAUGGUAAAUAAACGUACGCAUCGUGGUAAUCACAUGCGCGCAUGCGUACACGUUGUGAUAGUGUAUUACGGGAAUGUUUUGUUAAAAAACGUUGCAACAGGAACAAAAAUACGAAGAACUGAAUAACAAUCAUUAAUUAUGUUGUACACUAACAACCAAAGUAUCGAUAAAAAAAAUACGACAAAACAUGGUAAAAAUCUGUUUCCAAGGAAAAGUGCCUAAAAAAGAAAAAAAAAAAAAGAAAGAAAGAAAGAAAGAAAGAAAAAAAAUGAUACAGACGAAGUCAUUGAUUUUUAAAAUGACAAAAUAUAGUAUGGAUGGACUUGAAACAGAUACUAUAUAUACGGUUAAAUAUAUACAUAUAUAUAGAUAUACAUACAUGAACAAAAAUAAAUAAAAAAAAGAUAAAUAAGUAAUGAUUCGUAUGAAAAAGGGGCGUUAAAAAAAAGAAGGGGGUAUACAUACAUACAUACAUACAUAUACAUAUAUGUAUAUGUAUAUAUGCAUGUGUGUAUAUUGAAAAUUUAUACAUCAAUUAGCUUCAAUUUUACCCCCUUUUUUUGUCUUUGUUUAUAUAUUUUAAUUCAAAAAUGAAAAAAAAAUUUAUUCGGUGGAGGAAUACUAUUCUUCCUUCGAAUUUUUUACGGGAUACGUUCGAAAAUAUAUUCCCGACAAAUAAAACAAAAAAAAAACUGUCGGUUUGCCUUGCUGUUGUUUAGAUUAAAAACAAUUCACUGUUAGAGACAUAUCUAUCAUUCACGUUCUUCGAGAUCUGCAAUUUAAGAUCCCGUAAAGAUAAUUCUUCGAAGAACAAUUUUAAAUCGGUAGUUCGUUCCUUUUUCCGCACAUCCCGAAGUAAACGCAGUUCGAAUCGUGUCGAGAGAUGUCAUGUGUAUAUGCUUAUAUCGGACAAAGUGGCGCUAUAUAUAUAUUGGUUUAGAUUUCAUUACAAUUUAUCCCAUGCAUCGAAUAUAUUUUUGUUUAUCUACAAAAAAUAAAAUACUGUGGAAUUUUAUUGGGAAAAAGAGGCAGAAAAAUAGGAGCAUGAGUUUUUUUUACCGUAAGUAAUAACGAGAAAGAAUAUACGCUCUACGGGAUUUAAUUGUAUAUUUGGAAAGAGAAAAAUAUAUGUAUAAAUAUAUAUAUAUAUAUUUAUAUUUUAUAUAUAUAUAUAUAUAUAUAUACAUAUACAUAUAUAUUUUGGCCUGCUCAUUGAAAAGAAGUAUAAUGACGACUUGUAAUUAAUUUUUACUAACCAGGGGCGAUCGUGAAGUGAAAAAAUUAAGCAUUAUUGUGUGUAUUGGUAAAGAUACACUUCUAUAAAGUAAGUGUAAACUUAUACGCCUCGAGCUUAUUUAUUAUGUUUAAUAUAAUAUUAUUAUAUUGCAUUGUACAUAACUGAUAAUUUGUAGUUCAUAAUCAAUUAUUAUUUUUAUUAAUUAUUAUUAUUAUUAUUAUUAUUAUUAUUAUUAUUAUUAUUAUUAUUAUUAUCAUUAAUUAUUACUUUAUUGAUUAUUCAAUUGCUAUUAUCCGAUGUGAUGAAUUUAUUCGUCGUGCUGAAUUCCUUUACUAAUCGUGUAAUACGAUUAUUUGAAAAUGGUUUAAGGUUUUGAAAUUAUUUUGAUGAAAAACAAAGGAAGAGGGAAAGGCUGAUGAACGAAUGAGUGCAAGUCUGAAAGAGUGAGAGAAAUAAAGAAAAUGAGUUUUCUUUUUUUUCAUCAUUUUUUUUCUUUUUUCUCUCUUUUUUUUUUUUUUUUUUUAAUGCAAGUCGCCACGUGAAAAAAGAUAAAAGAGCAAAUCGUUCGAUUAUUGAAAUGGAAGAUCUUUAUCCUUCAAAUGUACAAAUCGCGUGCGUUCAAUUCAUCUCGUUUUUUUUUUCAAGGUUAUAUCUUGAAAAAAUAAUAUUGGAAAAAAUUAAAAAAAAAAAAAAAAAAAAUUAAAUUCGAAUUUUACCGCAAGGAAAAGUUUUGUUCGAAAAACGGAUAAAAGAUUAAUUGAGAAUAAGAAGAGUUAUUUUUUGAAUAGUACAUUCUGCCAUGAUGAAAAGGAUUAAAAAUUACGCAGUUCGGGAACAAGCUCAUUUUAUAAUCGAUUAAUAUCGAUAAGAAAGAGAAAUAAUUAAUUCUAUUAAAUUUUAAAUACAUCUACAUACAAAUUAGAAGAAAAUACUUUUUUUUCCCCUCCAUUACAUAUCGUUUGCUAAUCAAUAAAAUACUUAAAAUUUUUUUCGUGUCUUAUUUGUUGUUAUUUAAAUAAUUUCAUUUCACUUAUUAUUUAUAUGUUUUUUUAAUUAUCGCAUAACUUAUGCACUAGUUACUUCAUUCACCAAAAUUGUUCAUAUGGGAAAUGGAAAAUCGGUUCAAAAAUAUGACUUGAAAUUUCGAAUUUUGGCUGUGUUGAACUAGAGAACCAUUAACUUAGAUCGAAAAUGAACGACGGAUCGAUAGUUUUUGUAUCACGCGAAUGAGUGAAUGUCUUUCGAGUGUUCUGUCGGCUUCAUUCGUUUCAGUGUAUCGAAUCAUUGUUAACCAACAAAUUUUAUAUAUUAAUAAUUAUUGAUAAAAAAGUCAGUAUUGAACGAUAUCAAGAAUCUAGAACACUUUUUUUAUUAAAUUAUAUUAUAGUAUAUUACAUUAAUAUUUUACAAAAAUCUUUGUAAUAUAUUAUAAUAUCUUUAGGCGUACAGUAAAUACUUUAAUGUAAUAAUUUCCUACUAAAGUAUAUUAUAGCUUAAUUCUCCAAUAGAUUUUGAUACAACAAGUAGCAAUCGCAACAUGAUUUUAUAAUUGUUUUUAAAACUUUUAAAUAUGUAAUAAUUAAAUAUGUAUAAUUGGCAUAUAAUAAAAGCAAUCUACUAAAAAGUGGAAAAACGGUUGAAGCGACGUAACCGUUAUACGAAAUAACGAAGAAGGCCAGAACUCAAGGUAUGCGUAAUCUAAUCUUGAAAAAAAUUCACGUGGCGACACGUAGAAAAAAAAGUAUACACAUGCGCGCACGCUGCACACGUAUGAACAUAGCAUAUUUGUACAUUGCACGUGCGCGUGCGAUAGGAAAGAAUAUGUAGCGUGGAGUAUUAUAUGUAUACUAAAUAUAUAUAUAUAUAUAUAUAAUACUAAACGUUAUAAAUAAGUAAGAAAAAAAUAUAUAUAUAUAUAUUUAUAUAUAUAUAUAUAUACAUAUAUAUGCUAUAUGCUAUAUAUAUAAUGGAUAAAAUUAUGAUACAAAAAAAAAAGUACUUGAUGGUACGUUAUACAUAUAAAAUGCUCUAUUUUAUUAAGGAUAUUUUUGAUAUAUCUAUAUAUAUAUAUAUUAUAAAUAUGAUUAUAAAUAUAAAUAUAUGUAUAUCGAACUAAAGAAAUAAAAUCACCGAUCGAUAAAUAUCGAUGAUCAAUGUAAUUAUUGUUAUCAACAGGCGAUGGCGUUUAGAAUUGCGAGAUAAGUAAUUUACUGAGCUGUGUGCAGUGCGUGUCACAAUUAUAUAUUUUCUAAUCUUAUAUAACCAAUUAUUACAGGACGAAACUAUUGGUAGUUCUACUUUUUUUUUUUCUUUCUUCUUUUUCCUAUCUUUUUGUUCUUAUUAAGUUAAGCGAUUUUAUGGUGUCGAAAGUGAAGAAGAAUAAGAAGAAGAAAAAAUAAUUAUUAAGAAGCGGAACAGAUACGUUGAUAACUUGUAUGCAUAGAGUAGUAAUUUUAUUCGAUAAUCGAUGAUAUCUAUUGUAAUCUAAUGUCUAGCCCUUAUUUAUUGUCUUUCAUAGGACAGUUGUCUGUCAUUAAUGAAAUCUCGAUCUUUUGAUUUCGUUUUUCGUUGAUGCAAUUGAGGUGAAGGAGCACAAUUGUUAUAUGUAAAAUAAUUGUUACAUCUCUUCUUUGUUACGUAUGUUUUAUGUACGCGAAUUACUUGAUGAUUUGAUGAGAGCGUUCCUUCGUUUGAAUGCAUCAAUUUUUUUUUUUUUUUUUUUUUUUUUAAUUGCGUUUAUCUAAUUACUUUUUUCCUUCUCUUUUCUUAAAGUAAUGAUUAUACUUAACGAAUAUUAAGGUAUCGUAAGAGUCUGUGUAUCUAUUACACUUUCCCCCAUUUAAAAUAUACCUUUUCUUUUUUCAGUGAGUUUUCGUGAAUGUUAAUUAUCACAGCUACGCCAUUUUACGUUAAUGAUUGUUAUAACGAAUGUAUUGAAGUGAUAUAUCAUGAUCAUUUUAAAUUAUUGCUUCAAUCUUUUCAAUUAAUAAUCGUCCGCGCUCUUCUACGUUUGUAUGCCUAUAUCGUGUCAAUGAAUUGUUAAAUUGUAAAAAUAUUUAUCGUAGCAAUGAGAAUCGACCUUGAUACAUGCAACGUUUUUAGCGACAAUGACGAAUUAUUUAAGUAAAUGUAAUAUAAUAUAUAUUUUUUUCAAAAGAACUCGACCAAAUUGAAAAAGAUCGAUAUAUCGACGAUAUAAAACGACAAUAUAUUUAAAUUUGUCAACACUAACUGCAUACUUCUCAGCAAAUGAUUAUUAUACACUUGGUAUGUAUAGCACGACGAUACGCGAUAGGGACGUGAAAGUGGAGAAGAAAGAGAAGUAGGGAAAGUAACAAAGAGAAACGAAAAGAGAGGAGAGAAUGUGAACGAGAGAGUAAACUGAGUUUAAGUUUUAAGAAUUCUAUUUUUAUGAUGAAAAAUGAGAAGUGUAAUUAUCAGUAGUCAGAGGGACAGAUGAAAUCGUCGAAUGAUUUUUUUUAGGUUAAAGAAAAUACGAUCGAACUGAUUUCUUUCUUUUUUUUUUUUUUUUUUUUUUAGUAUUUUAGAUUUCUAUAUAUAUAUAUAUAUUAUAUUAUAUAUUUAUAACAUAUUACGUUCUAAUGUUAAAAUUUUCACGGAAGAGCCAGUAAAUCUUUACGAUAAUAAACAUUUAUAAAUAAAUACAUCGAUGUCCAAGGAUUAAUGUCGGACGAAAUAUAAUAGUAUUUCUACUGACAGUAGAUGUGGUUGCGCAUGUCUCUGACAUGUAUAUAAGGGAAAUGCAAUAAAUUGUGCUAUCAUAAAAAUCGAUAAAUUUGUAAAUAUGAAUAUUAUAUUCUUUAUUAUUCGAUUUAAUCUUUAAUAUGUAACUGUUUAUAUUAUUUUUUCUUUUUGCGUAAAAAUCAUUAAAAAAUUAGAGGAAAAAAUCAUUCGACGUGUUUCUGCAGCGAUGAAAUAUUUUUUGAAAUGAAUAGCAAGCGAAUAGAGAUUGAAAAGCGAGAUAGAAAUGUGCCGAUCGAUGGAUCGAUUUAUAUUUAGGAAAAGAUAUUUUGUUAUAUGAAAUCGUGGAUGUUGUUAUAACGUGAUGAAAGUGGGAAGAAAAGCAAUAAAAAAAAAAGCAAGAAGAAAAAAAAAUAAAAUUAGGUUUUAUCGCAACGUUUCUUGCGAAUUAAAAGAUCGAAUUUCAAUGAUUUUUUUCAAAGCGCCAAUUAAAUGCGGUAUGUCGUUUUCUCUUGCGCUUUCAUACAAUGUCGUAUCCGCAAUAUCGAUCUUUAUACGACUCGAUCUAUUCAAUUAAAUCUUUAUUUCUUUUCCUUUUCAAAGAUGUAUUUGAUAAUUCCAUUAAUAUUAUAAUAUGAUUAAAAUGAAAACAAAAAAAAGAAUUUAGAAAUUUGAAUCGUUUCAAAAUCAUUUCGAACGAAACGUUUCACGAUUGCGAAUCGAUUUCGUCGAAAGUGUGAUCGACGAAUGGUAAAACGUGUUCACAUUUUUUUACGCAAUUUUAUAUCUGCCUUGAAUCGUUGCAUCCAUUCGAAUCUUAGCUCUGUUCCGAAUAGACGGAUUCGGAUUGUCGCGAAUUUAAACGCACAAAUUUACAAGAUAAUGAAAAUGCGGAUGCGAUUCUUAAACGGUAGAGAAAUAGAAAUUUUUCACUUUUCAUACUUACAAUUUAUCGUAAAAAACGAUAAAUAACUCUCGAUUCGUAAUUCGUGAAACUGUAAUUAAGAUUCAUUUAUUGCUCGAUAAUGCGUUGAUAUUUAAAUUUAAAAGAAAAUUGGAAAAAAUUCUGAAUAAGUGAUAAUUACUUACUUUCUAAAAUAUAAUUUAUCAUUUUGAGUAAAAAAAAAAAAAAAAAAAAAAAUCCACCUAAUUAAGAAGAUAAUCGAUAAAUCUUUUAUUUCCAAUACAGCGAUUUUCGAUACUAUAUUUGAUCUUCGAUCUUGAAGCUCCUCUUUUUAUCGAGAAUCGAAAGUCUCGAACUCGUGUCGAUAUGGCGCAAAGCAAUUAUACAUAUGCAUACAUAUAUAUAUAUAUAUAUGUAUGUAUGCGUAUACAUACAUAUAUAUAUAUAUAUAUAACGAAAAAAGAUAAGAAAAAUAAUAAAUAAAUAAUGCUUUGGCAUAUGACAUCUUUUAAAAAUUCGAUACACAUACCAUUACGAGCAUUAUGUUAUCUAAACGAAUAUUAACACACGUUGAUACUAUCAUGAUAACCUUCGUUUAUUUGGUUCUAAUGUAAUAGUUAUUAUUAUUAGUUCGCCAUCCUUUGUAUAUAUUCGCAACUCUCAAUAAAAAAAAAAAUAUGAAAAAAGAAAAGAAACGCAUUAUCUCUGUCAUUGUGAUUAAUUUCCUCAUAUUACGAAAAACUAACCUAACCUUUAAAAAUUAUUAACGAUCAUCGCGUAAGGAAUUUGAAAGGAGAAGGCGAAAGGAAAGAAUCCAAUACAAGAAAUAUAUUUUUGCAAUUUAUUUGCAAUUUAUUUAUAUAAUUAAUGUAACUGAUUUUGAAUAACUAUUACUAAAAACCUAAACAACGUAUGAAAUUUUAUACAUAGCUUUUAUUUAAGGAUACUAAUAUGUGGCUAUAUACAGUGUAUGGAUGCGCUGAACCACGAAUCAAGUUCAACUCUGUUUUGAUAAUAUGAUACGUCUAGAGAUUAUUCUCGAAAGACGGUUUAAGACGUUUGAAAGAAUUAUUGAAUUUCUCUUUGUAUAUCAUUUCCACGUUUGUUCUAUUCUUUUUUUUUCCUUUUGCUGUGUUUAGAAAUCGGUACAAAUUUACAAUUCGCUUCGAUCAUUGAUUACAGUAAUAUACAUGUAAGUAAUUUCGCGGUCACCCUCCAGAUCACAACGCUAAUUAUUAUGCAGCGUUCUAAAAAGAUAUCCAAAUGUGUCUGUUGCAUACAAAAAACCACAUGGAUGAUUCUAUAAUGAACGAUUCAUUAAAUUUAUAUCCGUAUACAAGUAUAAAAGUGGUCGAUUUAAAUAAAAAACUUAGAAAAAUGAUUACGCGCAUGAUAUUAAUCGUCCAAUUCCUUUUUAGCACUUUUGUGAUAUAGUUAACGCUAUUCAUUUUUUAAAUCAACUUACAAAUAGUAUUUCUAUUCAAAAAAAUUUAAAUAUCGUGGACUGUAUUGAUUUAUAUAUAUAUAUAUAUAUAAUAUAUAUAUAUAUGUAUAUAUAAAAAAAAAAAUAGCUGCAUUAUUCCUUAAAUAAUUAACGAAAAAAAUAGAUAAAUUCAGCAAAUUAAUCUCAAGAGCAUUCACGUAUCUUAUAACAUCCGUUAUGAAUUUCAUUAUCUACAAUAUUAAUACGUUUAAUAUUCGAGAUUGAUUUGCGAUUUUUUUUUUAAUAUUUUUCUACCAAGAAAACAAAAAAGUCAAAUAAAAUUUAUAUACAAAGGAGCAUGUACAUGUAUAAAUUGUACACUCGCGUAUUUCAACAUAAUAAAAUUAGAAUCUUUACAAAUCAACGUAAACUAAUGAAUUUUUUUCAUUAGUAAUAAAAAAAAAAUAUGUUAAUUUAAAAAAAAAAAUUAUAAUAAAAAGAUGCCAAACGUACAAACUUACAAUGAUUAUAACACGGAACAAGAUCACAAGAUGGAUGAAAGAAAUACUUUAAUAGAUACAUACAUUUUUUUAUAAUCAAUCGUAGCAAUUUUCCACCAUUCAGUAUUACAUUCGGUGUUAUUUGUGAUUUAUAAAAAAAAAAAAAAUCACAAUUUUUUCCCUAAAAUCUGUUUUUCCCUUGUUUCUCCAAAAUUACCGAGGGAAACCACGAAAAAGAUUAAAAAAAAAAAAAAAAACAAACGAUAUAAUAUUGCUAAUAAAAAUCGAAGGCCCAUUGUAGCAAAAUCGUGCGAUAGUGAAAUUCAUUCGAUUUCAAUUUACAACUAUUCUAAAGGCAUUUUUUUUUAUAUACAAAAGACGUAUGCGUCUCAUUUUUAGCAUCUUUUCAUUGUUUGGCAAUGUUUUUUUUCUUUUUCCCCAAAAAUGUUUACUACAAAUUCUCUUAUAUUAUAAUCCUUAAUGUGCUUUUAAAAACAUAUUCGAGUAUAUACAAAUUAUAUAUACGUAAUGCGUAUCAGAACAUUUUGGUAUCGAUAUUCAUAUGAACACGGUUUUGUGAUACCAAUCUAUUAGUUACGUACACAUGGAAAAUACUCUGUAAAUCCAGUCAAAUAGCCAUUCAUCGAUUUCUGCAUUGUUGAUGAAAACGCAUCAUAUAAUUUCAAAAAAUUCUUAUUUAUCCUCGUCCUCCUCCCUUCAUUCUGUUCUGAAUCAAGAAUUCGUUGAAACGGUUGAACGACCAAAAAAAUUCAAUCACGAAAAUAAAUCAUAAGUCAAUGGAUCAUGUGUUGAAAGCUCUUCGUAUCUCUUCGUAAUAAUUAAAUAGAUCCAUUUAACAAGUCGUCCAAUCGAGUCGACGAUGCUUAUAUUCCAUCAAGCCAAAGUGACAUAGGACGCGCUGUAUUCCAGACAAAAGUGUCCGUCUUCCAAAUCCAGGUUCAUCCUUGCCGUGGUUCCUCAUAUGUGCCGCGAAGCCGUUUAUCCGCAUCGUCGUUGUCGUUAUGGUCAUGGUUUUGUUUCUUCAUCGAACCAGACGUGACGAGAGGAGGGUGCUCCAGGCACAAGGCUCCCUUCUAGGUUUCCAAUCCAGGUACUAGACUGUGAAAAGUCUGAAUGUCGUGGAAUGCCCUGCCGCAACUCUGAUUAUUGUUUCUUUCAAAUUUUGCCAAAUCAAAAUGUUCGUCCAGCGAUUGUAAUUCCACUAAACGUUCCUCUAAAGUCUUUGUGGAGUCCGCGAAUCUCGCAAAAUCGCAGAUUCUAUCUGGAUCGACUACAUCCGAGGCCUCCAUCAUGCCUACGUCACUGGAUCUAAUAACGCUGGUUAAUUGACUGCUGGCGCCAUCUAACUCGGUAGAAAACAUGAUAGAAUUACAGCAAUUAUUUGCUGACGUGCUUGUGCUGUUGUUGGUGGUUGUGUUCGCGGUACUGGUGCUAAUGAUCGUCGUCGCUGAUCGGACGUCCACGGAACCUAAGCGAUCCUCAGGAUACACCAAGUGAUGGUGAUGGGGGGAUUCAGGUUCCUGAAUCUCGUCGAUGUGAGAGAGUAAUCGAGGAGUGGGAGGCAGAAUAUAGAAGUCACUAAAUACAUCAUCCUGUAGAUCGAGAUCGUCAUGCCUUUGACGUUUAGGACUGAUUCCAUCAUUCCUCGUAUCAUCGCUUAAUCUACGAAAAUAAUAUAUAUAUAUAUAUAUUUAUUUUUAAUGAAGUUGACGUUAUUUGGAUUAUUUUAUUAAAUUAUGAAUAAAUUAUGCGGGAAUAGACAACUUUAUCCCCGAAGACAUUACGCAAUUUACAUGCGACUUGCCACUAGUUGCGUAAUCUAUAUUAUGUAAAACGAAUCUCUAGACGGUGAACGAGAUCUGCCACUCUUCUUCUGCUAAAACGCAGAUGUUUGAUUACGAGUCGAACAUUUUGAACAUUUUUCGACUCUUUCGAUAUUCGAUUCUCAAAAAAUGCGAUUGUGUAUACAGAUUAUGUACGAAAAAAUAUAUGUGAUUAUUAAUUUAAAUCAAUUUAGCAAAGAUUAAAAUUAAAUCCGAUUAAAAAAUUA